GAUGGCGGCCGAGGCCGUAACUUCGCUGAAGCUGCAGCUUGUUUACGGUCAGCACAAGGAAGAUUUUCAGUUGACCUUGCCCAGUGAUGAGGCAGGUGGGGUUCUGCAGGUGAAACACCUGGCUAAAAGAGUGGAGGAAAUGACAGGGGUGCCUCCAGCUAGCCAGAGACUCAUCUUCAAGGGAAAAUCACUGAAGGAUCCAAAUGCAUUGUUGGUGCCAGAUGGAAUAAAGAACGGGUCUAAAAUAAUGCUCAUAGGGAAAAAGCUAGUUGCCGGGGAGACAGAGGAGAUCCAAAAACUAUCCAAGAUGGAAGCAGCUAUAGUCAAGGAGGAAAAGAAACUAAGUGAAAUUACCUCUGACCUUGAUGGGAUACAUCGGGGGUUUCUCCACAAGGAUCUCCAGCAUACUGGGAAAAUGCAUCAGAAGCUAGAGCAAAGGAAAUCUUUAGUGACAAGGAUUCAGACCCUAUUAAACAGAUGUGAUGGCUUAGAGCAUGGUUUGGAGGAUUUAUUGUUAAAUUCCUAAAGUAAUUAUUUAUUCAUACAUCUGUACGAAGACAAUUUUUUUGGUGGCUGGUAUGUCCAUUUUAUGAAACGCUCAAAGCCUUAAGAUGAUCAUUUGGUCAUUUACAUGUCAUGUGAUUAUUGGUUUUAUUGAUCGUUCUCUUUUAAAAAAUUUGGUAAUACAAGAGUACAAGCUCAUUUUUGUCUUGCUAUCUUUUUAAAAAAUUUUUAUGUGUCAAAGUACAAUUUCUUUCCACAUGUUGACCGAACUAUAUUUCGAUAUAGUCUAUGUAUCCUAUGUAUCAAAAAAAAAA